CUUCUGCCCCUGCAACCAUGGACGCCACCUCGCCCGGUGCCCCCGGCGGGGACGCGGACGCUGCGCCCGAGAGCCUGCGCUCCAAGCUGUGGGCGGCAGUGGGGCAGAGCAAGGCUAUCCGAACCAAAGAGAUGCAGGAGUCCUGUGCCUUCUACGACUGCGUUCGCAAGGAUGCUCGGAAACUUCGCCCCGAAGUGGUGGUGGACGUCUGCGGCGGCCACGGCGCCCUGGCGCUGCUCUUCCUGGCGCACGGCCAGGCGCAGCAGGCGACGAUCAUCGACCCGCAGCGGCCGGCGAGCCACGCCACACUGCGUGAGGCAUGGUCUUCCUUCGUCACCGGGCCGAUUUCCUAUGAUCAGCGGCCCUUGCAGCAGGCCCUGCCAGAAGUUCUCAAGGGCAAUUCCAAACGAAUGCUGGUGGUGGCCUGCCACGCAUGUCAACACUUGGCGCGUGAGAUCAUCGAUCACUGCAUGGCGCACAACACGGCCUUCGCGGUGUGUCCAUGCUGCCCCAAGGACCACCAAGGACAUCUCCAGGCGGCCGCCAAGUCGUUGGAGGUGGAAUUCCCUGCAGCCAUGAUCCUGGCGGAGAUGGGUCGCCUGACUGCGCAGCACUGCGCUUGUGCGCUGCGAAGCUUUGAUGCCAAGGUCUCGCCUCACAAUCGGGUGAUCUUCGGACGCCCGGGUGCCGGACCCCAAGAGGCAUCAGGAGAAGCAGAGGAGAAGCUGCGCCGUGCAUAUGCCCGAGCACAUCAUCCUGGCUCAGCGGAUGGGCGUGCCGCGGGUCUUUGGUCCAGCGCAGAAGCCGUGGCUACAGCUGCAGCUGGAAUCGAUGCCGGACCGGAGGAAUUGAAGCAGAAGGAGCAAGCGGUGCGUGAACUGCUUUCUCCCGUGACGGGUCAAGACAUUUGGGAACGGCUGGAGGUGCGCGAAUCUCCACGACGUCAUUUUCGGGCCAGGACGGUGGUGGCGGUGGGUGCCCCGAACACGGCCAACUUGUCGCCUGAGGAGAGUGGCGGUCUCUUCAGGUUUGUUCCAACUUCCAGUGGCUACCAGCUGCAGUCGACAAUUCCCACGGAGACCUUGCUGCCGCAGAUAGCGGCUGCUCUGCCAGCCCUGGCGCAAUUGCUGAGCUCGUUCUCCGAGUUUCUGGCGCCGCGCUGCGUGAAGCUCCACGGCACCUUGGGGACAUCUCAGCUGCUCUGCUGCGUUUGGAAAAGAUGCAUCCUAUUCCUGGUUCACUGCUUGCACGCGCGUUUAUCCAAGCUGACUUGGAGUCUCCAAAAGUCAUAUUGCUCUUGGAAGGCCUGGCAGCAGUUGCACGUCAGCAAGGAUGGACAUGCUUGAGCCCCAGCGGUCUUGAGCAGACUGAUUUCCAGAAACAGUGCGCCGAAACGAUUCAAGACUUCCUUCCAUCCAUCCUGGUGAACCAACGUCACGAGAUGGGCCCACUGCUCAGCCUGGUGCUGCCGCACUGCGACGGAUCUCACCUGAACUUGGAGCUGGAUCCCCUGGACCUCCAGCUUUCCCGGUUGGACCGGGCGGUGCGCACUCGGCGCGAUGAGUUCUUGGAGGACCUGGGUGUGCAGGUGUUGAGAUUGAAGGUCAGGGACCAGGAUGAUUUGAGGUACCACCUGCUGCAGAUCUUUGGACAUCCCGCGAAGCCUGGCAUGGAUGACAUUCCUGCAGAGCCGCCAGCAUCGGAGGUGGGGCCUCUGGAUGAGGAGGCAGUGGCGAUGUGUGGACAUGUGUGGAAUGAGAUGGAAUCCGGAAGAGUGCAGCAUGAAAGCUUGCUGUGAAGGAUUUGACUUUUUGAAAAUCUACAAGAAGGAGUCCAGGGACCAUUUGAGAUGGCUUGGUAUGUGCGCUUCUGGUCUGUGC